AUGCAUUUCCUGCCACUCACGUCGGAAGCUGGCGACGCAAUCUCCCCUCAAGCUGAAGAUAUCCCUUCUCGCGCAGUCAUCUUGCACGACCGACACAUCAUCUGCGAAGGAUGUGCUCGCGAGUGGCUCGCCUCAGCAAACACCUGUCCCGAGUGUCGAAAAGUCUUAUUCGAGCUGAAGGAAGAAGAAAGCACAAACGAGCCCACUGUUUACGUGGAUUCCGUGAAUCUCCGCGACUCGUCUAAUGCUCCAGAUUUACAAGGACUGUUGCAAGAGUUUGGGCCCGGUUUUCUUGACCAGAAUGCCCAUGCAUUAGCAUACUUCACUCGACCAUUGAUCAGGCAGCUGAGAGAGCGUACUACUGCUUACGAAGCGCUUAAUCUCUUCCUCGACUUCGAGUACCCAGGAUACGAUGCAUUAUUCAGACCCGGAACUGUGGUGAAUGAGGAAGCACAACGUCAAGCAUGCGUUAUCAAUCAGCACGCUGUCGUCGAUUUCUGGGCCUGGUGGGCGAAGAGAUUUUUCGUUACUUUGGCAAAUGCCGAGUUCGACUUGCGCCAUCAUCCUCUGGCCGUCUCUCUUUUGUUCCAGAUGCUGCAUGCCAUGAAGAUUCUACCAGACAACUUUCCGAUAACGCGUGCUCUGUUGUCGCGCUUCUUGGCACAGAGGCUUAUGACAUUCGCUAAGGACCGUGUUGGCAGCAUUCAGGCGCAGGAGUUCGACGGCUACGUUGUAGACAUGGUCGAGGCGGCUUUGAGCGCGACUGCGGGACGGAUGCACGUCCCAGCAUCAGAGCCCCAUGAAGAGCGAAAGACGAUCUAUGAGACUUUGUAUAAGUGA